CCAAACCUUUGCUCUCUCCAAUCUUACCUUCCUUCACAAAUUCUCAUUCGCUCGUAAAACCUCUGAUCACCCUACCAAUCGCGCGUAACAUGGCCCUUGGCAUCGGAAUCCCGAUAUGCGUGCAAUGCGGGACGACGAGCAACCCGUGCCGGUGCAAGGUGGUCGGGCCGACCGUGGGCUUCCUGGCCUUCGCGGCCGCGGCGGUCGUCGAGUGGCCUGUCGGGGCCCUCGUCUACUGCUUCCGCCACGGGAAGGGCCGUCGGAUCAUGGCGCACCCCGCGACCGUGGUGUACCCAUCCGUCAUCAACGCAAUUCCCAUUUGAGCGGGAUGAUCUGCGGGCCAAUAACCAGCCGACGGAACUUGCGCGUUUGCAGUUUUUAUUGCGGUGUGCCUGGCGAUGCGCUUACGAGAGUUUUUGUAACUUGUUGAAGCUAUUUCUGGAUUCGGAAAAAGACGAAAGAAAGAAGUUAUCGUCAAUACCAAAUUUUCUUUUAUGCCCUUUUCGCUGGCUGCUACAUUUAGUCACGUCUUGUCUUGAUAAUAAAGUAUGUUACAUAAGUCCAUUUUGCCUUCUCCUGUCACAUGUUGAUGUAAGUGGAUCUUAAUCGAUUAAAAGUCGGCGGUGCCUCUAUUUUUGGCCCGAAAUACAUACCGUCCCUUUUACCC